UCAAAAUCAGCUUGUUCGAAUUGACUCACAAGUCACCACCCAGUUUCAGGUUUGGAUAUGCGUAUUUGGUAUUAUAUAGAACGUUUUGGUUUGGUAUAAGGAAAAACGUUUGGACAAAACGCGACUACUGUAGAAGCUAUUAAAGACGUGAGGUUUCAAAAUUGACGGCGUUCUAGGGUUUAGAACGGCGGCGAUGGCUGGCAAGAGGAAAAGGAAAAACGCAAAUCGGCGGCCGGGAAUCCACCCGCGAAACAAAUACGCAGACAACACGCCAGAUUUCGGUUUGUUGGCGUCAUCGUACCCGAGCUUCGAGCCGUAUGUCUUCUACUCGCACGACGGUCGGCCCAAAAUUGAUUGGACGGACUUCAAUGCUACUCGCGAGCUGACGCGGGUCUUGCUGCUCCAUGAUCAUGGCAUCAACUGGUGGAUUCCAGAUGGGCAGCUGUGUCCUACAGUGCCCAAUAGAUCAAACUACAUUCAUUGGAUAGAAGAUCUUUUGGCUUCGGAUAUCAUCGCUGUCAGCAGAAGUGAUGAUGAUGUCAUAAAAGGCUUCGAUAUCGGGACUGGAGCAAACUGCAUUUAUCCGCUUCUUGGCGCUUCGGUUCUUGGCUGGAAAUUUGUUGGUUCUGAUAUUACUGAUGUAGCUGUUGAGUGGGCUAAUCGAAAUGUCGAAAGCAAUCCUCACAUAUCCGAUUUGAUCGAAAUUAGAAGAGUUGGCACUGAGGAUAUAACUUCUCAAGUGGAAGAACUGCAAAAUGGUGGAAGUUUUAUUUCGGGCUUGAGGAGUUAUAAUGGGCCACCAGUGCUUUUAGGUGUUGUGAAAGAUGGCGAAAUUUUUGACUUCUGUAUGUGUAAUCCUCCUUUCUUCGAGACUAUGGAAGAGGCUGGUUUGAAUCCAAAGACUUCUUGUGGAGGGACUCCAGAGGAAAUGGUUUGUUUUGGUGGAGAACUUGCUUUUAUCACUCGCAUAAUUGAAGAUAGCGUUAAGCUAAAGAACACAUUUAGAUGGUAUACUUCUAUGGUUGGUAGAAAAUACAACCUAAGUAUUCUAGUGUCCGAACUCUGGAAUGUGGGAGCCACAGUUGUGAAGACUACCGAAUUUGUCCAAGGCCGGACAUCGAGAUGGGGGCUUGCAUGGUCUUUUUUGUCCGUUGCAAGGAAGAUUACACUUACACCAUCCAAUAAUAAGAUUGAUAGGAAUAAUCUUUCUUUCAUGCUUGAGGGCCUUCAACGACAUCACAGCGCCUUCCACGUGUUGCAAUCAGUCGAAUCCCACUUUGCCAGUGGUGGUAUCCUCUGUAAAUUGGAUGCUGCUUCUUUCAAUGUUGAUGUCACUGCCACAAAAGAACAGAUUGAUGCAGUUUUGAAGAGUGAGACAUGUGAUAGUAGCAGAUUUGCUGUUUACCAACACGAGACAAAUGAGUCGAGUUGUUCGAGUGAUUUCAGGGGCAAACCUGAUGCCAUCUGCUUUCGGAUUUCUGUCUUUCAGCAAAAUCCUGGGGCACUAUUGGUGAGAGGAACAUUGCACGAGAAAACAAGCUCAAUCCCAGGGUUGUUUCAGUUAAUUUUCCAGCAUCUUGAGGAAUUUCUGACCCGUACAUUCCGUACUAGGAAAACUAGAUAAUAGUUAACUGGAUUCAGUUAAUUUUUUGGUUUAAUGACUAUAUAGUUGAUAUAGAUUGUGAAUUUGUAGAGGAAUGCGUCAAGGUGAAAGUAACUGCACUACUUCGGUUUAUUACGUUAUGUACUAUUUGCCAUUUUUUAAUUUGUAACUGUCCGUCAGUUUCUUUGUGAAUGCUGGAAAAAAUGAAGUUGCCCUUUACCAUCUUUUGAAAAUAAAUGGUAUUAAUAACUUUAAAACCGAGA